AUGAAACAGUGUCUGGAAAUGGUCACAGCGAACUUGAAGAACUUAAGUCAGGCAUUGACCAUCAAGUACAAAGGUGUUGCCGAGACUAACAUAAGUGCGGCGGCUUCGUAUCUAGCAAAAUUAACUGCCACUUAUCGACCGAUGCACAAAGAAAUAUAUGAAAAAUCACCUUUGGUCAGACACCAGGUACCAAUCUACGUAAAAUUCGGUAUUGGAGGUUUGGCUGGUGUGACAGGCCAAGCCCUGACACAUCCAAUGGAUGUCCUAAAGGUUCGAAUGCAAGUCUAUAAGUCUGAUCUAUUGACCACGAUGAAGCAAACUACCAGAGCGCAAGGCGUUCUUGGACUUUACACAGGAUUGUCAGCAUCUCUUUUGAGACAGAUCACUUACACCACCACGAGGCUUGGCAUUUUCAAUACCAUGUCAGAAAUAUGCGAAAAACACUUUGGGCGCCUCAAUUACCCGACUCUAAUAUCCGUGGGGAUGUUAGCCGGAAUGAUUGCCGCUCUGGUUGGAACACCCACGGACGUUGUGAUGGUUCGGAUGAUCGCAGACGUUGGAGUGCCACUUGGUUGUUACGACAUCGAAUUCCACCUUGCACGGUAUCGAGAUGACAUUCGUAUUUGCCCAGAGAAACGUCGGAGCUACAAACACGCGAUUGAUGGACUGUUCAGAAUCGUAAAAGAGGAAGGAAUUCAUACUCUCUGGACCGGAGCAAUGGCAACGGUUUGCAGAGCUGCGAUUGCUAAUGGGGCUCAAUUGGGAACGUACUCAAGGUCGAAGACGAUGCUCAAGGACACUGGACACUUUGAGGAUGGUCUUCCAAUGCAAUUCGUCGCUGGACUCAUUUCCGGCUUGGUAGCAGGGACAGCUUCGUUACCGAUGGACAUCGCGAAGACGAGAAUUCAAAAUUGGAAGGAGUCCGACAAACCCCCGGGCACUGGAAAAAUGCUUCUCACGAUCUACAGAUCCGAAGGCCUCCUAUCUCUCUGGCGUGGAUUUCUUCCUUAUUAUGCAAGACUGGCUCCGAAUACCGUUAUCACCAUGGUCACUAUGGACCAAUUGACUAGAUUCUACUUGAUGUAUUUCCAGAGUUGA